UGCAUGCUGGACAGAAUAAGAGAACCCUUUUUGGUGCUGUAUAGAACCGCAUACAACAGUCUGAAGAUCCAUUUCACCAUGGAACGAACCAUUCAAGCACGAAGUGGUUCUGUAUAGAACUCAUGGAUCUAAACAGAACCGUCUUUGUUGAGAGCGCAGUCCGCGCGCUCCUGAAUCUGACGCCUUUCGGUGCCUCAAAGAGCGACACGCAAAGCGAGCGUGACGCACCAACUGACCCUCACGCGCAUUUCCAUAAAGCCCUCGCGGGACUGUGUAUAUAAGGUAUCGGGUCUGUGAGUAAGCUCAGCGCGAGCCGGCAGCCUUCAUCGCCCCCGCCCUCCUCCUCCUCACCGCGCCCUGAACGCUCUGCGUAACCGAGUCCCCGCGUCCCCGCGAGCUCCCAGCGCUUCUCCAGAUGAAGACGGACAGCGCGGCGCAGAGCGCGCCCUUCACCGGCCGGAAGAGGAGCCUGAUCGAGGACGCGCGCAGGGAGAGGGAGAGGGAGAGGGGGAGCAGUUCGGCCUCUCCGGGUCCCUCUCUCAGCUCGGACAACUUCGUGUUCGAGGAGGAGAAGAGCAGCAAGGUCACCAUCAACCUGCUCUUCGCCCUGAAGAACGAGAAGAACGCGGGCUUCUUCAAGGCCGGCAAGGUGUUCGAGACAUUCGAAGCCAAGCUCCUUCAUCUGGAGAGCCGACCAGGCAGGAGGUCCAAAAACAGCCUGUCGGACGACCUGGAGUUCUUCAUGAAGUGUGAAGUUCACAGCUCUGAUAUCGACAUCUUCAUCAACUCUUUAAAACGAGUGGCGGACGACGUGAGGAUAGCGCAGGACGAGAAGGUUCCGUGGUUUCCACGAAAGAUCAGUGACCUGGACAAAUGCAACCACCUGAUUACCAAGUAUGACCCUGAUCUGGACCAAGAUCAUCCAGGCUUCAGUGAUCCUGAAUACAGAAAGAGAAGAGCUCAAAUCUCUGAACUGGCUUUCAACUUCAAACAUGGUGACCCGCUACCGUACGUUGAGUACACUCCAGAAGAGGUUGCCACUUGGAUGGAAGUGUACAGGACUCUGACUGCUAUCUACCCAAGUCACGCGUGCAGGCAGUUCCUGGAGGGCCUGCAGCAGCUGGAGAGGGAAUGCGGCUAUGGAGAGGACAAAAUCCCUCAGCUCAGAGACGUGUCAGCUUUCCUGAAAGAUAGAACGGGCUUUCAGUUGCGUCCAGUGGCCGGGCUGCUGUCUGCGCGCGACUUCUUGGCGAGCCUGGCGUUCCGAGUGUUCCAGUGCACCCAGUACAUUCGCCAUUCCUCAGCCCCCAUGCACUCGCCUGAGCCAGACUGCUGUCAUGAACUGCUCGGUCACAUCCCCAUGCUCACAGACAGGGAGUUCGCUCAGUUCUCGCAGGAGAUCGGGCUCGCCUCUCUUGGAGCAUCUGAUGAAGAUAUUGAGAAGCUGUCCACACUGUACUGGUUCACUGUUGAGUUUGGGCUGUGCAAGCAGAACGGGACAGUGAAGGCCUACGGUGCUGGCCUGUUGUCCUCUUACGGAGAACUUUUGUACGCUCUCUCCAAUGAACCUGAAUACAAACCAUUCAACCCUGCCGAGACGGCGGUCCAGCCAUACCAGGAUCAGACAUUCCAGCCCGUGUACUUUGUGUCCCAGAGCUUCGAGGACGCCAAAAACAAGAUGAGGCAAUAUUCAUCCACCAUCCAGAAGCCUUUCUCCAUCAGAUAUGACCCUUACACCUGCUGCAUGGAGGUCCUGGAUAACCCCUGCAAGAUCCAGAACGUUCUGGGCCAGAUGAGGGAAGAACUGAAGAUUCUACACAGUGCAUUAGAGAGACUGGGCCAAUGCUGAGCCUUGAUGGAUGAUUUAUCACAAUGAACAUCACACAGACAUUCAGAAAAUCUAUAUGUAGAAUGUAUAUAUAUAGAGAGAUUUACAUGAUGGGUAUUCUUCUUCAGUACAGCUCUAAAUAUGUCUGUGUCAGCAAGCUGCAAUGAACAGAAAU